CCAAGACGGAGAUGUAUCUUCAGCUAUGAGUAAAGAGGUUGAACUAUAAACUAUGACUUUCAGCCAUCGUCAACGAAAAGAUGUCUCUUAAUCCAGAUCCAAACCAGACGCCAACGCCAGUCUUAAGGUCCUCCGUCGGAGCUAACGCCAAGAGGACGAGUACGAGAAGUUCAAGCCGUAUUGCGUAUUCAGCAGCAGGCCAGAGCCGAUCAUCCACAAACCAAAACCGAGUCAGAAAGACUUACAGAGAAACCGACAAGAUGCAGGCUGGGCUGCGUCCGCGCCAACGAACCUUCACCUCCUGCACCGAGUGUCGCCGGAGAAAGCAGCGGUGUAACCAAGCGAAAGACCGUCCUUGCAACAACUGUGCGAGACGAUACCCACCAGUCGCCUGUACGUACGAAAGCUCCAGCCCGCCCCCAAGCAUCGACAGGAUCGUGGAUUUCCACGACGACCACGGCCAGGGGAGAGCGAGCGUGCCCAGCACGAGUCCGGGGCCGUCUUACGUGCAGACGUCAUCCCCAGAGAACAUGAGCUACGCAGCGACUCCUGCAACCACAGAUGGGUACUACAACUCCUCCUACGGGUACUACUCCGCACCUGCAGCGCCUAGGAAUGACUACCACUCUUAUUCCGCCGGAGGCUCGUCGCCGGGCUACGCUGUACCGGCUUAUACGACGAGCGCGGGCUAUACGCCUGUUUCCGCGGGCUACUACCAGAGUGCGACGACGAGCUAUACGCCAGUUACGACAGGCGGCUAUUAUUCGAGUUCGCAGCAGGAUAGUGCGUGGUUGAGCACGGCGGACCCAGCAGCAUUCGUGGGUACCGGGAGCGCCGAUUACUAUUAUGCUGCGGACCCAGAUCCGGGACAUCAUCAUGGCCAUGCUUCUUCAGGUCCUUGACGACCUCCCUGAGGCCAAGAAGCGUCAAGAGGACGCUUGGAACUUUCUGUUGGGAAUCUUAGAGGAGGCGAACCGAAGGGGUGCGCGAUAAGGGCUUUGGGGGUGGAUAACGACAAAGGGAAC